AUGGAUUUACGAUUGUCAACGGGGCCCAAAGCCCUUCUCAGUCUCUUAAUUUUGAUCACUUUGGAACUUCCGGCUGUACAAAUGGCUUACAACAUUGGAACUGGAAUCGCUGAUACAACUGGUCCAAUCGCAGAAAUUGUUUUUAUGGGGUACGCAAAAAUUGAUCAGAGAGGAGCAGGACUUCAUCUUCGGACUUUUGCUCGCAGUUAUAUUAUUGACGACAGCGAAAAUAGAUUCGUUUUUGUCAGUGUUGAGAGUGCGAUGAUUGGACAUGACGUCCGCGCUAUGGUAAUCCGUAAACUGCAAGAAAAGUACGGUGAUUUGUAUUCUGAGAAGAACGUGAUGAUAAGCGCAACUCACACUCAUUCAAGUCCUGGCGGAUAUAACUUGUACAUGCUCUUUGAUCUGACGACAUUUGGAUUUAUCAAGCAAAGCUUUAGUGCUAUAGUCAAUGGAAUUUUUGUGAGUAUUAUACGAGCUCACGAUUCUGUAGUACCAGGAAAGUUAUUUGUCGGUCAUGGAGAAGUAUUAGACGCAAAUAUAAACCGCAGCCCAAUGGCAUAUUUGAACAACCCCCAGUUCGAGCGAGACAAAUACAAUUACGAUGUCGACAAAACCAUGACCCAAUUGCAAUUUAUUGCAGCUGACGGUCGUCCCAUGGGUGUUAUCAAUUGGUUUGCAGUCCAUCCUACUAGUAUGAAUAACACUAAUCGACUUGUUUCGAGUGAUAAUGUCGGCUAUGCUGCUGUAUUAUUUGAGAAAUAUAUUAACAAAGAUGCUCCUAUUGGGAAGGGUGACUUUGUAGCAGCUUUUGCUUCGAGUAACUUGGGAGAUGUUUCCCCCAACACCCGAGGUCCCAAGUGCGAGUUUUCGGGUGAUGAGUGCUCGUCUUCGUACACUUGUCCUGGGAAGAAUGAAAUGUGUUUUGCAUCCGGUCCCGGGAAGAAUAUGUUUGAGAGUACAAGUAUUAUUGCGCACAAACUUUUCGACGGAUCAAUGCGUAUUUGUAUGAUAAAAUGA